AUGUGGAACCUCAUUCAUGGAUCUCCUGAUGACCUUAGGGCACUCAACACUGGAAUUCACCAUCGUGGGAUGUAUCUCAUGGUCGAUGCAGUUGCGAAUCGCAUGGGUUACGCUGGUCCUAGUCAUCAUGUCGAUUACAGUCGAGUCGUUCAGUUCAAUAAUAACAGCUAUUUUCACUCAUAUUGCCCCAUCACGAAUUAUGAUGACCAAGCCAAUGUUGAGAACUGUUGUCUUGGGGAUGAUACGCUGUCGUUUCCAGACGUUGACACCUCAAGUCCAGCUGUUGGGGGGCAUUUUCAACAGCUACGUUUCUGUGCUUGUUUCCAAACACUCCGGCACCUUAAUCCUUUCCUCCUCGCCUUACUCAUCGGCCCAUCCAGUAUUGAAAUCUUGGAACUGACAGUUUCCUCAGUCGACUGUCUUCGAGUUGACACCGCACGCUUCAAUGGUGUUGCCUGUGUAUAUUCCAUGGGGGAAGUAUUACAGAGAGAUCAUUUUUACAACACGCUUCUUUGUUCACGACUGAGCAAUCAGUUUCUAGAUUAUCCUCUAGAAGCCUUCAGGUCUCCUCGUGCAAACAUCCAGAGUAUUUGCGAUAUGAUCAACACAGCAAAGAAUACUUGUGCAGACUCUUCUCUCCCGGGAACCGUCGCUGAAAACCACAAUAACCACAAUACCCCAAGAUUCGCAAGAUUCAAUUACACCAAUGACAUAUCUCUGGCCCAGAAUCGUUACGCGGGUGGAAAUGAUCUACCUGGCUAUCCCACUAUAAUACAGCACACUAUAUCAGCUCACUACAAAAACCAACAACAUGAGAAGGCAUCAUCGGAUGAUGCCAAUUAUCUUACACGUAAAAAUCAGGGUGGAACGGCUUACGCGGCCGGUAUGAAAAUUAUGGACAUUUAUUCGUGUCAGGCUGUUGCCAGUGGAUUCAAAUGGGCGGUUGCCGGUGCCUAUGGCUCUAGGUGA